AUGAUAGCUGAGCUUUGCGAAUACCAGUGUGACACCUGCCUAGCCCAGUCGUUAUGGGCCCUCUUCACUUCUACCCUGGCCAUCUCCCUGGUAUUUGCUGUCAUCCCCUUCUGCCAUGAUGUGAAAGUAUUGGCCUCGGUCAUAGCGCUGGCGGGCCUAGCCAUGGGCUGCAUCGACACCGUGGCCAACAUGCAGCUGGUGAGGAUAUACCAGAAGGACUCAGCCUUCUUCCUUCAGGUCCUCCAUUUCUUCGUGGGCUUUGGUGCUCUGCUGAGCCCCCUGAUUGCCGAUCCCUUCCUGUCAGAGGCCAACUGCUUUCCUGCUAAUAGCACAGCCAAUGCCUCCAGAAGCCACCUGUUCCAUGCAUCCCGGGUCCUGGGCCAACACCAUGCAGCAACCCAGCCUUGGUCAAACCAGACGAUGCCCAGGCCGUCCCCUAAGGAUUCGACAGAGAACCACGUAUCCUAUGCCUUCUGGAUCAUGGCUCUCAUUAAUCUCCCAGUGCCCCUGGCUGUUCUGUUCCUGCUGUCCAAGGAGCGGCUGCUGACCUGCGCCCAGCGGAAGCCACUGCUCCUGUCUGCAGACGAGCUUGCACUGGAGACCCGGCCUGCUGAGAAGGAAGAUGGCUCCUCACUGGCCCCCAAGUUUCAGCCACACCCAGGGCAGGAGGACCUGUUCAGCUGCUGUCAGAGGAAGAACUUCCAGGGAGCCCCAUGCUCCUUCUUUGCCAUCCACAUCACAGCCGCUCUGGUCCUGUUCAUGACAGACGGGAUGAUGGGUGCUUAUUCUGCCUUUGUGUACAGCUAUGCUGUGGAGAAGCCAUUGUCUGUUGGACACAAGAUGGCUGGUUACCUCCCCAGCCUCUUCUGGGGCUUCAUCACCCUGGGCCGGCUCAUCUCCAUCCCUGUCUCCUCAAGAAUGAGGCCAGCCACCAUGGUGUUCAUCAAUGUGGUGGGAGUGGUGGUGACAUUCCUGUUGCUGCUUAUUUUCUCCUACAAUGUCAUCUUCCUGUUUGUGGGGACCGCAAGCCUGGGGCUGUUCCUGAGCAGCACCUUCCCCAGUAUGCUGGCCUACACUGAAGACAUCCUCCAGUACAAAGGCUGUGCAACUACAGUGCUGGUGACUGGGGCAGGAAUUGGCGAGAUGGUCCUGCAGAUGCUGGUUGGUUUGAUCUUCCAGGCCCAGGGAAGUUACAGUUUCCUGGUCUGUGGUGUGAUCUUUGGCUGCCUGGCUUUUAUCUUCUACAUCUUGCUCCUGUUUUUCCACAGGAUACACCCUGAACUCUCAUCAGUUCUUAUCCAAGACAAACCCCUGGGUGUGGAGAACUCUGAGAGCUACCAGAGGUGAAGACCUCAGCCUCCUGAGCCACAGGGUAACCAACCUGACAGGAGGCCAAUGGUCGCAGAGGAGGUUUCUCCUGCCACCUUGCUUAUAUCUUUUCCUUUCACACUUAGCCAAGAAGUUGAGUGCUGGUCCCUGAGUGUUCCCUGGACAAAUCAAGCACCUGCCUGGCACUUUAGUAUUUUCUUCUCUGGUUCAGAUGUGUAGUCUGUAGUAACCAGAUGGGAGGACACAAGAGUGCUCACAUCUCUCCAUUCAUCACCCCAUGCAUGGGCUAAACCCUGGGUUUGAGAUCACUUUUAGUUGAGGUUUGGAAAAAAUGCUGAAAUCAUAAAGCUUAAUCACCAAUAGAUGUAGCUCUAUUUAGAUAUAUUUUAAAUUAAUCAAAACCCUCUGGCAUGUUGAAAGGGAUUUAUGUGUUCUUCCCUUACCCAUGGUCCAAAGUCCCUUACAUUCCUCCUGAGGAAAUCAGGGAGUCUACCUGUGUCCUAAGACAGCAAAGGAAAUGCUGAAUUGUGUUUUGGGGCCCUAGGUCAGUAGCACACUGGGCUAACUCGGAGCAGCUUUAGAGAAGCUAUUAAAUUUUCACUUUGAGAGCUAGUCGUGCAGCCAUGAUUUCAAAUUAAAUUAAUUUAUAACUAAACAAAGGUCAUACUCAAAACACCACUUUUUAAUUUUAUAUGACUGAUGCUCCUGAGGUCUCUGUGUCUGUGGCACAAAGGUGGUGGCAUUUCUAUGUGACAGAAUGCUGCCGGGCCCCUCUCAGCUGCUCGGUGACAGCCCAUUGGUAGCCUGAGAUCAGCCAUGGCAGAGAAAUGGCAAAAGCUACACAGCACGGCUGUGCCCCCUACCCCAGAACAGGUGUUUUUACCAGCACCUCACUGCUAAUAAGCAAUGUUAAUUGGUUCAGACAGCACAAGGAGAAUACAAUAGACAUCCUAUUUUUUCUUUACUGCAUCUGCAAGGUGCAGAAGAAGCAGCACUGAGAAUUAAAAAAAAAAUAGCUCAUUGAAGUUUUGUACCUUUUAUAGAGGAAAAUUUUAUACUGUGUCAAGGUCUUUUUUUUUUUUUCAUAGAAAUCUAGGACUACUGAAUAAUUCAAGACAUGCAGUAUACAUCGAGCAGUGUCAGUGUGCAGAAAGCAGUGUCUGUCCUGUCAGGAGUCCCCAGUUCUAUACAGAACACAGAGGGUUAGCAAUGCAGACAAUGCAAGCAUUCAGGCUCACCCGCCCGGACAAGGCUGAGUGCAAGGUUUCUGGAAUCACCGGUAUGGCUGUUACAGUGAUUUUUAGAAGGAAUGAAAUAGCCCAUUAUAGUCAUGGGUUUAUCUGUGCAUUCUCUGUGAGUACACAUAUGUUCAUGUAAAAGUUGAGUGAAAUCGUAGUCCCAAGGGCUGUAAUUCACACACCAGAUGCCAACAGAGCAGAGACCGGGAUCAAGUACCAGCCUCACCUUCUAGCAGUGACCCUGACCGUGUCCCUUCCUCACCCCUCCCCGCCCCAGGUAUUUCCAGCCUCGCUUGUCUUUACCAGUAUGGUGGCAUUUCUAAAAGCACCCUACCUCACAGGAAUUCUGAGAGAAUUAUAUGUGUAUGGAGUAUUUGCUACAUGCCCAACAUGGGAACUGCCUUCUGAAUGCUCAAGUUUUAACAUUUAUUAUUUUUAAAGCCUCAUAAGCAGUUUAGAAGCCAUUCACAUUUGGUACAAACUGUAGCUCAAACAAACUCCACUUUGAAACUCUGAUGGCCUAAGCAAAUCCUUUUAACUCUAUUUAUAAAUACUGUCAAAAGCACCUGAUGCUAGCCAAAUUGAAAUGUGCAGUCUAACUGUAGUAACUGACCUGGGCAAAGAGAAAAAGCAGUUGUAUUUUUCUUGUAGUUUUUCAAGAAAAAAAAUCAUUUUUAUACAGAUUUAGAAAGAAAUCACUGAUUAUAUCUACAUUGGUAAUG